AUGUCACAAACGAAGCACAUCGUCUUCGAUAUAGUCGGCACGCUUGUGUUGCACGAGCACUUCUACGCCGUCAUCGACCCACACCUUGAGUCCAAACUCCAGCCCCAUAAUAUUUCCCUCGAAACGGCAGAGCGUGAAUACACAUACCUCCCACUUUCGGGCUCGUACGUCCCAUUUGCCAAGGUUUUCGAAUCUAUCUUUUUCCGCGUCUUGCAUUUCGCUGGAGUGGCAGAACCGCAUAGUGUGGCGAGCGAAGAAGAUGUGAAGUACUUUAUGCAAGAGUACAACAAAUGUGAAGUUCGGCCUGGUGCAAAGGAAUGUGUGGAUAAAAUAAAGGAGGAUGGUUGGACGGUCUGGGCGUUCACUAGUGGCGAUCGCGAAAGAGUGCUGGGAUACUUCGAGAAGGGCAACAUCAACAUCGACGGUGAUCAUGUCGUUACAUGUGACGAGAUUGGUGUAGGCAAGUCAGAAGUCCAGGCAUAUGAAAAGCUGAGAGCAAAGCUUGGUGUCGAGGAUACAGCUGCCGAGCUUUGGUUUGCCGCUGCACAUGGCUGGGACGUUAGCGCAAUGGGGAGGGCUGGAUUUAAGACGGCAUAUUGCCUGGUGUUGGAGAAAGAGCCUUUGGAAGAUGUGUUUGGGGAGAUGGACAUCGUGGCUGAAACGCUACCUGGGCUUGCAGAGAAAGUGACUUCACAAUGA